AAAGCUUGCGCGCUAGAUCACAACAAACAGCUGACUUUUUUAAUUUAUUUCUUAGCCUACAUAUCUAAUAUAAGUGUUGUAAAAAAUUCUAUAUAUACUAGCAACUAUCUUGCAUAAAAAGUACACAAUGUAUAACAUAUUACGUUGAUUGCCUGCUAAGUAUAUGAAUAAAAUCAAUAACGAGUAAUACACUGACGUAAUAUACAAGAUAAAAAUAUAACAGUUUGGCAGAUGAUCACUAAAAAAGAAUAUAAUUUCUCUUUAAAAUUAAUUGAGUUUAAAUUCAAUUAAAGCAUUAAAAAUAUGUCAAAAUUCAUCCUUUUCAUUAUACUAAGCUUUCAAAAUACGUUAAAGCAAAGUUAAAAUUAAGUGAUAAUACAAAACUUAAAUUAUUCCAUUUGAAUGUUAAAGGAAAAAGCGCACAAGGUAUAUAUUUUGUACAAAAGGAUAAAAAACAGGAAAAUAAAAAACAAUGAAGUUUUUUUUGGAAAAAAAACAUUUAAAAAUUUGAGUUUUUAAAGACAUCUUCUAUGUAUUUAUAUUUUGUACACUGCCUAUGUUUGAAGUUUAUUAUAUAUAAUCAUAAUCCGUAACUACUGAACAAAAAGUGCAUAGUAAUAGUGAAAAUAAUGUAUAAACCAUCGAUUCCAAUCUGUUUACAAGUACAUACUUACUACAAAAACCUUAAAAAACUAAUAAACAUAAUUUUUAAUGUAAAAGAAAAAAUGGGAUUAACAACAGAAAAAUUGUUCCAUGUAAUCUACACGUAAAAAAACAAGAUUUAAGAAAGAAGAAAAGAAGCUUUGAACGAUUUUAAACCUUCCAUAUUAUGCCAAAUAUCAGGUGUAUAAAAAAAGUUUCGGGCUAUGUUUGUGAUGCUGUCAGUCCACACACUAACUUCCGUUCGUGAACGGCAAAGUAAAAUUCAAAAUAAAAGUUUUAUUACUCCUACAACAUCGUUAUCUGCAACUGCUUUAAUAACACCAAAUAAAAGUGAUUUGAACAAAAAUAUAAAUGAAUUUAUGGUAAAUGAAAACAAGGACACAGUGAACAUUGAUAAGUGUGCUAAAUUUAAUUUGAUAUCGUCAAAUAAUUCAAGUAAAACUUCAAUUACAACACCGUCUAGGCUUUCUUUGAGGUCAAAAACACUUCCGUCUGAACUUUCAUUUGUUCAUCUGAACAACUUUAAGAAACAAAAAGCAGUACAGGUUCCUGUUUCCACUAUACUAAACGACUUAAGUCCAAAUUGUGUGCAAAUUAAAUAUAAGCAUAAAAACAAUCUAAUGAGCUCUAUGACCCCACCGGGGUUAACAAAUAAUACGCCAGACUUUAAGGCCAUGCGGUAUUAUAGACUGUGGAUAUAUACUUGCAACGCUGUGUUAUUAAUGGCAGUUAUAGUAUUCUGUGCUGUUGCUGGAAAAAUAUUAUUAUUGGAUUAUAGACGUUUAUUGAUUAAUGGAUUAAACUUAACACAUCCUAGUUUUAUUUAUGCCUAUUUGGCCCUAUUAGUGCAAUCAGGUUUCUUACAACUUGUAGGGUGUCUUGGUGCCUUAAGACUUUCUGAAAAAUUGUUAAAUGCUUACUGGAUACUUUUAUUAGUAUUGCUGUUAGGUGAUGCUUUACUAGGAAUAUUUUGGAUAUAUAAAUUUGAUAAAGUUAUGCAUGAAUUAAAACCAAUUUUAAGAUACCGGCUAGCUAAUGAUUAUGGGAAGUCGGUAGAAUUUACUGAGUUAUGGGACAAGAUGCAAAUAGAUGAAAGAUGUUGUGGAGUGUCAGGACCACAAGACUUUCCAUUGCUUACAAAUAUGACAUAUCCAACAUCUUGUUGUACACAAGAAGUUACUGAGCAGCAAAUCAGAGUUUCACGCAGGCCAAUAGUUUCUGCAGUAGUAUAUCGUGAUGAAACUAUAACAAAAGAACAGCAACGAAAUCUAACUGACAGAGCUGAUUUGGCUUUAAGUCAUAUAUUGACAACGACACGUGACAGUCCCUCAAAUAAUGCAGUCUCAUCAGAAUUAUUUAGCACUAAUCACGAUAAAAAUAAAAACAUGAUAACAACUUGCAGAGCAGUUUAUCCACAGGGUUGCAAGGAAAAGCUUGUUAAAUGGUUACGGAAUACAGCCGAUGUUCUGUUUGUAAUUGGAUAUUGUGUAAUAUCGUUUUUGAAAAUCACAUUCCUGGGUAUUUUACGAUAUGAAAUAAAAGAAAUGAUACAAAAAAUUAAAUUACUACAAGCUGAAAUGGCAACUGCUAUAUUACAGGGAGAAUGUGCAAUAAAUGUAUCGGCAGACUAUUCUGUAUGUAGUGACCAUAAAGAUCGCGACAAAAAUUUUAUUGGAGCAAAUGAAUGUGAACGAGAAUCGUUGCUUUUACACGAUAAACCAACGCCAGAAAAAAAUAAAAAACUUUACAGGUGUAUUAGCGAGCAAGGUGGUGGUAAUGUAUUAAUAACUAACUCAAAUCGCACACUAAUUGUCGAGGAUAUACCUAAAUCACAACUAUCUAGUUCAACUGAAAGUGCUAGGUGUGCUAGUAUAGACAAAUCAAGGCAACAGCCCACCACUUCUUCCGUUACGUUAGCGGGUGUACAAAGGACAAUAAACGGAAAUAACAACUAUGAAUUAACAGAUUUUGAUGAGAAAAGGCCCAAUUAUAGCCACACUACGGAGACUCUUGUAGAUCAGGCAUAUGAAUGCACCAACAGUGACCAGAAUCUGACUACGGUAUUAUUUAACACAAUUAUUUGGUGAUCGGUGGCGAGGAAUUGGAACACCAUCUUCAUCAACUCCUUUUAUUUAUGACAAAAACAAAUGCAGUCGAUUUUAUGAAGAGGCACACCUUUCCGAUACCAACGAUGAAGAAAAGUAAAUGCAGCUAGUAAAAACAACAUACAUAGUUAGAAGAUUAAGAAAAGAAGCAACAUUCACUUUAUAAAAAAAUGAACCAAAUUUCUCUAAAGUAGGUGUUACAAUUCAGUGUGUAUUUGUUUUUAAGUUUGAAAAUAAGAUCUAUAUUUAUAUAAAAAACUAGUGGAAAAAAUAAAAUAUGAAU